AUCCAAAUUGACACGCGCGACUCUGAGAGAUAUAGCAGCAUCCAAGGGAGCGCAUGCAUUCAUUUCGACACCGAGCCGCAACUGCGCGGUUCCCACAUCUAAGGUGAACUAUCACGUGCCAUCCAGGCACGCUUUCCACGGAUACUGGCGGAUCUUUGCCGGAGAAGAGGCGGAGACGCGAUGUUUCUUAAAGUGGCCGUAGCGCUGCUGGUUCUCUCCGUACUGGAGCAAGUGGUGGGCUCGGAUAAUAUCGACAUUUACGACACCCCGCCGGAGAAACCUGCCAUUCCCAAAGGACGCCUCUCCUUGCAAAAUACAGCUGAGAUCCAGCACUGUUUGGUGGGCGCAGGCGACGUCGGCUGCGGCGUGUUUGAAUGCUUUGAGAAUAACUCCUGCGAGAUACGAGGGCUGCAGGAGAUCUGCAUGACGUUCCUGCAUAAUGCUGGCAAAUUUGACUCUCAGGGGAAAUCCUUCAUCAAGGAUGCUCUGAAAUGUAUGGCCCACGGUCUUCGCCAUAAGUUUAGCUGCAUUAGUAGAAAGUGUGUUUCCAUUAAGGAGAUGGUGUUCCAGCUGCAAAGGGAGUGUUAUGUCAAACACAAUCUGUGCUCAGCUGCUAAAGAGAAUGUGGCCGUCAUGGUGGAGAUGAUCCAUUUCCAAGAUCUGUUUCCCAAAGGUCCUUAUGUGGAGCUGGUGAAUAUUCUACUGGGUUGCGGAGAGGAAGUGAAGGAGGCAUUAACUCGUAGUGUCCGGCUUCAGUGUGAGCAGAACUGGGGAGCUUUGUGCGACAGCCUCAGCCUCUGCUCCUCCCUGACGCCCUCGCCCUCAGCUGCCGAGCAACGCCGCCCCUCGCCAUCCCACCCACAGCUUGAGCACCAUCGCCACGCACGCCACGGCGACAGGGACAAAGCCGGCAAGGCUGGAUUCCAUACCCACCCUCGCGGUCGCAAUCAGGGACUGCGCCGCCAGGGUUCAGAUGUUGGUGUUGCAGUAGAGCAGGAAGACCCAGAGCCAAGUGACAUUAGGAGGUGAAAAAAUGUGGGAGAUUACAACACUGAUAACCCUUAUCACCAUUUAAUAGCACACUUGGACAUUGGCGCAUGAACACACACACACACACACACACACACACACACACACACACUGAGGAGAGGGAAACAAAUCAUUUUUCUAUGUUUAUUUUUUUCACCUUCUCCAGUCAUUCCAGCAGUCCCACGUGGUAAACUUGCAGGGCAAUUGUGGCAUAUUUGGCAUAAUUGUUACGCCUGACUGUAGGCCACUUGGGUUUUUGUUUUUCUAACAAAUGAUGGUUGUUAUUAUCGUGAUUAUUUCUAUUUUUAGGACUGUUUUUGCUCUAAUCUAACAUUUCUUUAAUCCUACUUAGUGUCAGAUUUGACUCUUUCUAUUAUUUAUUUUCUUCUUUAUGCAAUGUUGAAAUAUACAAAUGUAAAUAGGUGGGAAAAGUUAUCUAUAUUUAUAUGAACAUGUAUAAAUAUAGUAAAAUCUAGGCUUUAGAGGUAAUAUAUAGUGUUUUCCUUACAGUAUUGCACCUAUCUCACAUUGUUCUGUAGAUAUGUAACAUAUACAGUCUUGUUUGGAAGUGGAAAUGUGUCUUGUAAUUAUAUAGCUACUUGAUAGUGGAAUACCAAUUGUACAUGUUUGAAGUCCACUUCUGGCACAUAUUAAUCGCUGCGCAUUGACACCAACAGAAAAGUUAAAUUAGAAAACGACCAUACAAUUAAUUGAUUCCGCAUCACGUAAAACUGCAAAUUGUUGAAAAAAUUAACUCCCUGCAGACAUGAGUAAUUAACUGGGAUUUUCUUUUUUAUUUCUAUGCAGAAAAAAGUCAGAUCGUUCAUUGAACAGAACAGACAGAUGUCACUUUUAAGCUGUUCUUGAGCACCGGCAAAUGUUUCACCAUUCUCUUCAUCCUUCUUUUUCAUGUAGCCAUUCGCACGAGUUACAUCUCACAGCUGAACUAUCAGGCAAUGAAAGGGCGUUUUAUUAAAAAAAGUGGGGUAACUGAGUGUUCUGUCUUUAUGAUUUUGAGCGACAAAUGUCUUUGCUGUUGUACUUUCGUUAGCUUUUGUUGGACUGCUGAAAGUUUAAGAGAACAAACCAUGUGACCCACCAUCAACCCUCUCAACAAUCCACUACUUAAUUCGACCAAGCAUCAUCUAUCACCAAGUCCUGUAUGUGUGCUCAUUGAUCUGGGCUGGAUUGAGCCAUGUCACCCAUUGCUGUGCCCCCCCCACCACCACCUUGCAUACACCCUUGAAAGUAGUCCCCCUCUGCAGCAAUGUGGGGGACUGUUAUUCUGUCUGUUUAAGCUGCAGGCAAUACAUCAAGGACCCGGGAAGAGGGUUACAUCCACACAUGGGGUAUGUUAUUAUAAAUGUUAUAUUUACAGAGGCCACCAGAGCAUUCCUCUGGGCCUCACCCAAGAGCCAGCAACUCCAGGAGGCAGGCCUGUGUAGGAAGGAGCCGAUAAAAACCUUUUUUUCCCCACCGAGAUACUUCUCUCAGACACAGGCUGCUGACCUUUUAAGGCCAGCCAUGCUUUUGCAGUAGAAAUGAAGUUCAGAAGCAUGUCAUAAAUUACUUCCAAUCACAAUGGCAAUGUACAAUCAAUACAAUUUCACUUUUCAUUUUGUUAGCUGUAAUGUAAAACCCUGUAAUUUAGAAAUAAUACAAACUCAAUUUUUAAAAGUUUUCUCCCCUCCAUUCUGUUAGAGGUUGGCGACCUAAGGAGACAUAAGCUAUUUUUAUUGACUAUGUACUGUAUAUGUGUAACAUGACAUUCUUUGUAAUAUAGAGGCUUUUCUUUAUAUAUUUAUAUGUACAUGUAUGUAUGAAUGGUUGGAGAACAAUAAACUAACCUGUUCCUUUUAUCAUCA